AUGAUCCGGACGCCAGCCGGCUGCGGGAAGACCAGAUUUCGCUCAGCUCGCCUGCUCUGCGCCCUCGUACGCCCACGGCCGCCGCAACCACCGCGCGACAGCGACAUCCAGCUACGUGGCUUCAGGCUGCCUCUCCGUCUCGUCCGCUGCCAUUCCUCGCUGUCCUCGCUGUCUUCACUAUCUUCACUGUCCUCGCCGUCGUCGUCUUCCUCUGUCGUUGCUGCAAAAAACCCGCCUCGACCGCCGGCCUACCCCCCCGCGAGCCCUGCCCUGUCCAUCAUCAUCACAGCUCGACCAGCUCGACCAGUCCUUGCUCUCGUGCAUUCACAUUCACAUUCACAUUCGCCCUUCACGAUGGGCGGCCAGACCAGAUCUCACGGGCAUAGCCACGGGCAUGGCCACGGUCAUCACCAUCAUCACCACCACGAUACCACAUAUCUGACCUCGAAGAACAAGCAGGAUCCCGGCGUCCGCAUCACCAGAAUCGGCCUGCUCGCCAACCUAGCCAUGGCUGUCGGCAAGGGCGUCGGAGGCUACGUCUUCCACUCGCAGGCCCUGAUAGCAGACGCCUACCAUGCCCUCGCGGACCUGGUGUCGGACUUUAUGACGCUGGGGACCGUCUCCUGGUCGAACAAGCCGCCCUCAGCUCGCUUCCCGCUGGGCUACGGCAAGAUCGAGACCCUGGGCUCCCUGGGCGUCAGUGGCCUGCUGCUCGUCGGCGGCCUGCUGAUGGGCCUCAAUGCCGCCGAAGUCAUCCUCACCCAGUUCUUCCCGGACGUGGCAGAGGCGGCGGCUCAUAUGGGCUUGCUCGGCCACGGCCACUCCCACGGCCACUCGCACUCGCAUUUCCCUUCCGACCAGGCCUACGGGCCCAAUAUCAACGCUGCCUGGCUUGCUGCGGGCUCAAUUGUCGUCAAGGAGUGGCUCUAUCACGCCACUAUGAAAAUUGCAAAGGAGAGAAAGUCCUCCGUCCUUGCAUCCAACGCCGUCCAUCACCGUGUCGACUCUCUCACAAGCAUCGUCGCCCUGUUGACCAUCGGCGGCGCCCAUGUCUUCUCUGACGCUACCUGGCUGGACCCGGUGGGCGGUCUCCUCAUCUCCAUCAUGAUCAUCAAGGCAGGGCUCGGAAACACCAAGGCUACUCUCUUAGAACUCGCAGACGCAGGCGUCGAGGAGAGCAUGGUCGACUCCGUACGCAAGUACGCUGCCCGAGCCAUCGCUGCCCUUCCACACGGCGCCGAGGUCGAGCUGCGCAACAUCCAGGGCGUCAAGUCGGGCCCCAACUACCUGAUGGAAGUCGACCUUGCGGUCCCCGGCUCGUGGUCGGUUGCUCGGACCCGCGAGGUCGAGCGGGCAAUCCGGGAACGGGUAGGAGCUCGCGUGAGAGGUGUUAAGCGGCUACGGGUUCGCUUCACUCUCGAUACAGAGAAGGAGCUGGACUUUGCGGAGGAGUUCAUUGCCCCGGACCUCAGUCCUCGUAGCAGCCCCGAGCCCGAGCCCGAGACCAAUGGAAACGGCUCUAUUUCAUCGGGCUCACAGUCAGAGCCACAAGUUAAUGGCACUCGCAGACGACAUUAG